GGCACUGUGAGGGCUUGCAACAGCAGCGGCACCAUCAUGGCAAGCACCAGCGCCCACACGCCCACACCGCCCACACGCUAGUGCCAGGUCCAUCGCCGCCGCCGCUGCCGCAGCCGCAGCCAGCAUGCGGCGACCCUGACGGGCUCCUUCCCCCGCGCCUCCGGCAGGAAGGAGCAGUGCCUCACCAACGCAAAGAUCCCGUCGGUGAGCUUAGUUUUAGUGCGCUCUGGAUUGCAGUUCGGUCCACGCGUCUGCACCUUCUGCAGCAGAAGGUGCGGAGUGGAACGAAGGAGCAUUCGCGACAGCUGCACUAGCAGUAACAGCAGACAGCUGCAGCAGAAGUGGCAGCAGACAGCGGCAGCAGCAAAGGUCCCGCUGCCAUGUAAGCCACGAUGGGUCCCAUUCGCGCUUUUACUCGCCCCUCUCAUGGCGCCGCCCCUGGCGAGUUCGCCAGCACCGCUAGUCCUUUCAGCCUCGCCCACGGGCGCUUCUCCGCCCAGCAUCGCCCAUGCUGCGCCCACGCCACCCCCUCCACCCUAACCUAUCCUCACCCACACCCUUACCGCCACACGUGCGCACUGGACCCCCUGCGUCUUGGCCUGACUAGACAACCUUCCCUCCACCACCAGUUUAAGACAUAUGUACCACCAGGAGCGGCACAGACAGACCCCCACUCAGCCCUCAGCAGCCCGCAGACCAGGGGCGAGCACGAGGGGGCUUGGGAGGGACAGGGAGAGCCCCUCAAGGACGAAGGGGCGAAAGAGAGAGAAGCUCUUGAAGAAGGUAAACAGAAGGAAGAAAGUGACACUAGCGAGUGGAGGAGCAACUGUAAGUGGAAAAGCGAUAGGAAUAAGUGGAAGAGUUACAAUGAGGAAAGCAAGUGCAACAAAAGUGGUGAGAAUAACAAGUGGGGCAAGCAGGAAUAUAAGUGGAAGAAAGAUAGGGAUAAUUACAAGUGGAAAAAGAGCAAGGAUGAGUGCAACUGGAGAGGAAAUAAAGAUGGACUUGCGUGGAAGACAGCUGCAGAGGAACAGGAGCGUGAUAAAUGGAUAAAAAAGGAUAGAGAACAAUGCAAGUGGAAGGAGAGAAAGGAUGAAUGCAAGUGUAAAAAGGAUAAAGUGUCCCAUCUGCCCUACCAGAUCGCCCUGGCCAAGACUGACGAACCUUCAACCUCGCGUGUGACCUUAGCCUUUCCAUUCUCGGACGAAGAAGACGACGAUGACCUCGAGGACGAGGGACGAGCUGCGGGAGAGAGCGGACACGAGACGUGGCCCAUCUCGGACAUCGUCGAGACUGAGGACGAGGAAGGGGAGCCGGGGGCGCCUCUCCCGAGCUCGCUGGUCGAGGAUACUCAGGGGGCUGAGAGCGAAGGCAUCCCUCAGGGAAGUGGUGAGAUGAAGGGGGAGUCGCAGGGGGACCCAGGGAAAGGCAGUCCUCCAGGGGAGAGCAUAAUAAGUGUUGUGGUCGAGGUGGGUAAUAGCAAUCUGUGUGAGGCUCGACACACCGUCCCAAAACAAGAGGGAGCAGAUCACGUCCAGUUCAUCAAGGAGGACAAGCGUCAGGACGACUCUAUCCCUCCUUCUCCAUCCAAGGACGCUGAGGGACGUCGCGAGGAAUCAGCAGACGAGCAGGACGUGGCGGUAGGAGACGGAGGAAUAGAAGGAGUAGAAGAGCAGGAAGAGAGGGAGAAAGAAGAAGUAAGAGAUGAGAAGAAGAGAGAAGAGAGGGCCUCUCCACGUGACGGGAUCAGGGCGACUCAGCGUCUUCGCCCACGCAGCUACAGACAGUUCCUGCUGACUCGAGAGAGAAGGAGCCGGGUGUUCCUGAAGGCCAGGAGCUACCACCUGGGUCGCUGGUUCAUCACCCACUUCACCCAUCCCUACCCAAGCAAGGACCAGAAGGACCAGCUAGCUACCAGGACAAACAUGACCAGGAACCAGGUGAGCGAGUGGUUCGGAAACAUGCGUCGACGGAUCCGUGAGGCGACUCGUGGGAUGGUGCUGUGCUGGGAGGAGCGAGUUCGUCUCUAUAACACUGUCAUCACUGGCAAGUCGGAGCCUCUGCCCAUCCUUCCCGAGGACACCAUCAACACCUGGGUUCCUCCAGUCCCUCAGGAUCCUUCUGGCCUGGAUAACCACGAGGAAGUGUCCAUUUCACCCAAGUUUAAAAAGACACUGAUCCAUCGAUACCUCAACCACUCCUUGGAGGCCCCAGUAAGAUCCUCCAGUGAUCCACAGCUUCAUCACUCCUCCGCCUCCGCCUCACCUCCGGUAGAUAACCUCCAGCAUUACAAAUCUUCAGCGUCCGAGACUUCAGACUGCGCCCAGUCCUUGCCUCUGUGUACUUCCAGCCCUAAAGGUAGUUCCCAGGCGCUCUGGAACGCCUCUUUUGAGAACGUGAGAGAGGGGCAGGUUCCUACCGUGGGCUCCAGGCUCAUGGGGAGGCCAGAGCAUCUUCAAGGAAAGCUUCUGGGGGAGGAGGAAGGUCGCGUUCUCAAGAGAUAUGAUCACCAGCAAAGCCUCAACUAUGGGCCCUCGAAUUUUAAAAGACAGAGGAUGCUAGAGCCUAAUGAGGACUGGCUCCACCGUGCCUCCACGUCUCGAGACUCCACCUCCAAAGACUCCACUCUCCGUGCCUCCACCUCCAGAGACUCCUUUCCUCGCGUGGGACCGGGUGUCCCUGGUACUGGCCUGGCCUCGUUCGCCCAUGGCACCAGCCUGAGCGAUGCCAGGUCUUCAGAUGAUGAGUGGGGCGGCACAGAACAAUGUCUGCGUCAGCCCGAGGAACUAGCAGCUGCCUACACCCUCGUUCAACUCCAACAUAUGUGACGUCCACGUCCACGCCUCUACAUGCAACAUGUGUGACGUCCACGCCUCUUCAUGCAACAUGUGUGACGUCCACACCUCUACAUGCAACAUGUGUAACGUCCACGCCUCUACAUGCAACAUGUGUGACGUCUACGCCUCUGCAUGCAACAUGUGUGACGUCCACGCCUCUACACUCUCAUUCAAUACGUGAUGUCUUCUCUACACCAGCACCAACUUGCUGUCUCUCUCAUCUGAGAGCUGCACGAGAAUCGUUGAGUUUUUGCUUCAAAGUGCCUUGACCGAGGAUUAGAGGCAUUGACUGUUUAUCCCAAACUUCUGUCACCCAUCAAAAGUGUCAUAGAAGGGCCAAUGCUAAUCCUGAAGUGUCUUAAGGCACUUACGCGCCUCUUCAACCGUCUUCCGUGGGCCACAGGGCAAUGCUUGCCUCAUGACCAGGCAAUGUUUACCUCACAUUUUUCUGAAGCAUCACACCAGGGUCAGCUAAACGCCUUGUCAACCUUCGCUUACUCGAUGCAUCACACGAGGGUCGCUGCCAAACACUGUUUCACACUGCGCCCGGGGCAUCUAUGUGAGCAAGGAGACUUACUGACGCAGUAGAAGGAGACUUCUACUGCCACACCAACCGUCUUGUGCUCCUCGAAGAGGUAACAUCUUCACUUCUAAGGUCAUGUGGAUUUUCUCGUGGGCUCCCGGUGUUCCUACAUGUCUUUUCGCCUCUUGUUUUGAACACACUUCCACUUAGCACUUUAAUCUCCAGGAAAAGUUUCCUGGCCUCUCCAGACACAAGAGUCUGUGUUGUCCCUCUUAUUUCUAGAAAGUUUUGAUGCCUUCCUUCACGCAAGGUGUCGCCUCAAGCCUAGGAGUUAUGACGCCUCCUGGAACCUGGGAACUGUUGCACCGUUCCUGAAUUCCAUGAAGCUGGAACGACUUCUGGUACUCGUAACUCCUGUGGAGAAAUUGCAACUGGUGCGAGUGCCCCUGGACUCGCAUUUCCUGACUUUCGUUCUCAUUUUUUUUGUGAUAUCUUAACUUCCCAAGAUAUGUUUUUGAUCUGCCUCUAAGGUAUGAACAGAUUAAAGUUUUAAGUGAACAAGUGGAUAAGAGUGAGUGAACAUAAAUGUAGUUUAGUUAAAGACUUUUGGGAGUUGUGGUGUUUGAUUUAAGAUGAACUCUGCCUGAUGAGUGAAAGAAACUAGUUGAUAAGACUCGACGAAACAAGUCUUCCAAGAAAGUACAACUCCGCACUGUGUACAAAUACAACACCUGAUAAACCAGCUGAGCAGCGUCAGCCGAGCACCUGGAAACACACCAGUGUAAAUUCUUGUCAUACGUAGUGGCUAGAGUCAGUUCUGAAAAACUUCUCCGUUGUUACGAACCUCACACGAAACUUUGCUGCCUGAUCUAGUGAAGGGAUGUCUAUAGCACUGCUGGCGCGCAGGCGUCCCACUGUCAGACUAUUCGCACCUCCAGCGACACUUACAAGACGUGCGAAGAGGCUACCGAAGUACCUGUGGUAGCGCUCGGCACUGACUCCUGCUGGAGUGUGGCCACCGUCACUCCCAGCAAAAAGGAGACACCUGCCACCGUACCUGGACAGGCAAAUGGUGCCGAUAAAUAUGGUAAAGAGAGAGAGAAAGAGAGAGAGAGAGAGAGAGUUUGUAGAAUAAAUGCUUCAGAUUCGCUCUGCAAACUCUUCACCACAAAGGCCACAAUAGCUGAUGGUGUCCGCCGACUCCGCCCCACCACUAAAGCGGGACCAAGACACAGUGACCUUACCUAUUACAACAUACGUCAGGACUCAUAGGCGUAGCUGAGCUAUAUCCUGUGUUCUCUUGUUUACAAAAUAUUUCAAAGCAGGUCUUUGAAUCCGUCAUCUUCACGUCCCAGUCAUCACUUGAAUCAAGAGGCAGGUUUUAGUAAACAAUGGAUUGGUUUGCGUUCUAGUAAGCCAAGAAACAGAGGACUUUAGCACAAAAUAGUGUGGGUGAUUUAUUUAUGUUACAUCUAGUCUUUCAAUUGUGAUUCGAUGGAGAGAUCUCACUGAAGGGGCGAAAUGAUGCAUGUCACGCACCUUAGACCUUAAAAUAAAGGAUGAGUUUGUAAUAAUAUUUGAGUGGGGAUCCUGGUGUGGAGUGAAGGUACAAUAUGUAAGAUAUGCCAGACUCUCUAGAGGGUUGUUAGUGAUCGUGAUAAUUCAUCGGUAUAAGAACGUACCAGUGCAGUGAUGAGUAGCAAGUUCUGGCGUUACCGUAUGAAUAUUACAUUGUUUGUAAUAGCGUGUUUCAGUUUACGUGUGUAACAGCAGUGCCGCCAGUACACAAAGGGACCGGACAAUAUAUUUCGGACCACGCUCUCAUUUCAUAAUACUUUCAGGGCAUCAGUUGACUGCUCAGAGCUGAGAGCAUUUUGCAGUAUGACCUGAAAACGCGUUUUAUAUCGUUAUUUAAGUGGGCCUAUGUGUGUCUCAGCCCUCAGAGACUGUCGACCACAUGUGUGUAUGUGUGUCAGUGUAUCCAGUACAAUACACCAGAUGUCUCCUCCAAACAUAAACUAUGGGGAAGAGUUUUUUUUUUUUUUUGCUUGAUAACAAGAAAUCUCUCCAUCGGAACAUACGUGUAUAUACGUAUAAUUUAUGUAUGACUUGCUAAACUAAUUCUUCCCAGUUCUGUAUAUAUUUCAUCCAAGUUUACUACCGUGAAAACAUACCUUUAAGCUCAUCUUCAAGGUCCAGCUCUCUCUUCAACAUAUUUAUUCUCCCCCCUCCCUUCCAAAAGGCAUAAACUUUCUUUGUAUAACCUUCUACGACCAACACUUUCCCUGGACCCCAACCCAGAUUAUAAAUUUCUCUCCCAUUUCGUGCAUUAUUUCCGUUAUUUCUUUACUCUAUUUUAAAUAGCUCCUUUAUUCUAUUCUUUCCUAUUUGUCCACUAUUUCAUUUUAGCUUAACCAUCCGAGCUAGUCAUAAGAGUGAGAGUAAAUAUCACACAUCUAGUCAUUGCAAAGCAGGUUGAAUAAUGGGACAGUUUAGCAGAGUUUCCCCUCUCUGAGCUCCCACUGUGAAAAGAAAACCUUAAUUACCUUUAAUGCCUAACUUAAGUAUUUCUACGUUAAUUACAAUACGUACUACACUUACGAUUUCUUCUCUACUUCAAAAUAUGAACACAGGUUCAAACACACACACACACACAGGACGGAUAGGGGGGACAUGUUAACGACAUAUAAAAUACUGCGAGAAAUCGACAAGGUGGACAUAAACAGGAUGUUCCAGAGAUGGGACACAGCAACAAGGGGACACAGUUGGAAGUUGAAGACUCAGAUGAAUCACAUUGAUGUUAGAAGCAUUUCUUCAGGCACAGGGUUGUCAGGAAGUGGAAUAGUCUGGGAAGUGAUGUAGUGGAGGCAGGAUCAAUACAUAACUUUAAGAAGAGGUAUGAUAAAGCUUAUGGGGCAGGGAGAGAGUGGACCUAGUAUGACCAGUGAAGAGGCAGGACCAGGAGCUAUGAAUCAACCCCUGCAACCACAAUUAGGUAAUUACUGAUGAUUUUUAAUGAGACCAAAGACUAUCACGAGUAUACCAAAUGGUGGUUGACUGAGACCAGAUAGUGGUUGAUAAGACCAGAUGGUGGUUGAUAAGACCAGAUGGUGGUUGACUGAGACCAGACAGUGGUUGAUGAGAUCAGAUGGUGGUUGAUGAGGCCAGACAGUGGUUGACUGAGACCAGAUUGUGGUUGACUGAGAUCAGAUGGUGGUUGACUGAGAUCAGAUGGUGUUUGACUGAGGCCAGAUGGUGGUUGACCGAGACAAGAUGGCGGUUGACUGAGGCCAGAUGGUGGUUGACUGAGACCAGAUAGUGCUUAACUAACACCAGAUGGUGGUUAACUAAGGCCAGAUGGUGGUUGACUGAGAUCAGAUGGCGGUUGACUGAGGCCAGAUGGUGGUUGACCGAGACAAGAUGGCGGUUGACUGAGGCCAGAUGGUGGUUGACUGAGACCAGAUAGUGCUUAACUAACACCAGAUGGUGGUUAACUAAGGUCCGACGGUGGUUGACUGAGGCCAGAUGGUGGUUGACUGAGACCAGAUGGUGGUCGACUGAGACCAGAUGGUGGUUGACUGAGACCAGAUGGUGGUCGGCUGAGACCAGAUGGUGGUUGACUGAAGCCAGAUGGUAGUUGACUGAGACCAGAUGGUGGUUGACUGAACCCAGAUGGUAGUUGACCGAGACCAGAUGGUGGUUGACUGACACCAGAUGGUGGUUGACUGAAGCCAGAUGGUGGUUGACUGCGAACAGAUGGUAGUUGACUGAGACCAGAUGGUAGUUGACUGAGACCAGAUGGUGGUCGACUGAGGCGAUAUGGUGGUUGAGACCAAAUGGUGGUUGUUAGUGACAACGAUGCAUUGUUAGUGGCAAUGAUGGGUUGUUAGUGGCAAUGAUGGAUUGCUAGUGGCAGUGAUGGAUUGUUAGUGGCAAUGAUGGAUUGUUAGUGGCAGUGAUGGGUUGUUAGUGGCAGUGACGGGUUGUUAGUG